CGAUGAUGAUUCUUUCUGGCCUGAUAGGAAGCAGACUGCCUGGACCUGCUAGCAGAGCUAGCUUAGACGUGUUCUCCUGUCGUUAAGGCUGCUUAUUUCUGUGUCCGUAGCAACCAUGUCUUCAGCUCAGCCUUUAAGGGAGUUGAUCAAAGAUAGACUGACCGCUGCUGCAGAGGAAAUAUUCACAGAGUUUGAUAAAAUUAUCGUCCAAUAUGAGGAAGAGCUGGAUCGUCAGCGCAGACUGCUGGAAAUCUGCUUGAAACCCCAAAUAAACCUUCAGAGUAUUGAUCUUCCACGGCAUUAUGUCUGCAAGGAGGAGAAGGAAAUCAACUACCAGCAGUUCUGCCACCAGAACAGAAAUUCCAUUAUGAGUCCUCAGCAAACAAAAGAGAUGCAGGUUGAAGCAGAACCUCAGGAGGAAGUGAUGGAUGUAGAACUCCCACAGAUAAAGGACGAAGAAUUUGUUAUUGGUUUGGAGAAAGAGCAGCUUGAAUUGAAGCAGGAAACUGAUACAAUUUCAGUAAAUUCUACUUAUGGGGAAAAACACAACAGAGACCAACACCUUCUUCAGAUCCCUUAUGAAUCCGAGAACCAAGAAAUAAGAAAUGACUCAGGAUCAAAUAAAGAACCCAAACAGAAAACAAGUCAUCAAAGCAUCAGAGGUUACAAUGAGAGUAUAAAAUUUCCAAAUGUAAAAGGAUGUAAGAUAACAAGCACAAAUCAGAAUCUCCGUUCUUGUAGAUUUUGUGGUAAACUUUUUGGUCGGACGAAUUUACCUAAACAUGUCAGAACUCAUACAGGGGAAAAGCCAUUUUCCUGUGUGACCUGCGGAAAAAGUUUUUGUCAAAGCGGUGAUUUGAAGGUUCAUAUGAGAACCCACACCGGUGAGAAACCUUUCUCGUGUUUGACUUGUGGAAAAAGUUUUACUAUGAGUGUGGCAUUAAUCCGUCAUACGAGAACCCACACGGGUGAAAAGCCUUUCUCGUGUGUGACUUGUGGAAAAAGUUUUACUAUGAGUAUGGCAUUAAUCCGUCAUACGAGAACCCACACGGGUGAAAAGCCUUUCUCAUGUGUGACUUGUGGAAAAAGAUUUAGUCAAAGCAGUCACUUGACUGUUCACAUGAGAACCCACACAGGUGAGAAGCCUUUCUUGUGUUCGACUUGUGGAAAAAGUUUUACUGUGCAGAUUUCUCUAACCCGGCACAUGAGAACGCACACAGGAGAGAAGCCUCUGCCAUGUACAUCUGUGGAAGAUGUUUCGGUGAAGCAGGAAAUUUAACUCGACACAUGAAUAUCCACACGAAGAAUGAAGCCCUCGGUCCUUAACCUUGGUUAAAGAGUUUGAUGGGUUAAACUGGCAAUUUAAAUAUUAUAUUAUCAUAAUAUAUAUAUAUUAUAUUAUUACUCUGGCUUCCUCCCACAGAUCAAAAACAUGACUGUUAGAUUAAUUGGCUUCUCUAAAAAUGUUCUUAGGUGUGAGUGUUU